AAACAAGGCCGGGUCCGUUUUAUGAAAUAGCGUUUGAUAUAUAGCGCAGUUAGGGUUUUGUGAUAGAAUCACAGGUAGGGGGCGACACAGAGAGUGUGUGUGAGAGAGAGAGAGAUCAACGCUCCACCAAGAUGGGUAUUUCUAGGGAUUCCAUGCACAAGAGACGUGCCACUGGUGGCAAGAAGAAGAGCUGGAGGAAGAAGAGAAAGUAUGAGCUCGGUCGCCAGGCAGCAAACACCAAGUUGUCAAGCAACAAGACUAUUAGGAGGAUUCGUGUUAGAGGUGGCAACGUGAAGUGGAGGGCACUGAGAUUGGAUACUGGAAACUUUUCAUGGGGUAGUGAAACAGUAACUCGCAAGACGCGUCUAUUAGAUGUGGUUUACAAUGCCUCAAACAAUGAGCUUGUGCGAACCCAAACCCUGGUCAAAAGUGCUAUUGUUCAGGUUGAUGCUGCUCCGUUCAAACAGUGGUACCUUCAGCACUAUGGGGUUGAUAUUGGCAGAAAGAAGAAAACAACAUCCAAGAAGGACUCUACAGAGGAGGGUGAAGCUGCUGCUGAAGACGGAAAGAAAAGUAACCAUGUGCAGAGGAAGCUUGAGAAUCGCCAGAAAGAUCGUACUCUUGAUGCCCACAUCGAAGAGCAAUUUAGUGGUGGCCGAUUGCUGGCAUGUAUUUCUUCUCGCCCGGGUCAAUGUGGCAGGGCUGAUGGGUACAUACUAGAAGGUAAGGAACUGGAAUUUUACAUGAAGAAACUUCAGAAGAAGAAGGGAAAGGGUGCUGCAGCCUAAUUUUGUGUUUUCCAAAUUUCUUCUUGUCUUUGAGUUGGUUUUGUUGAAAUUGGUACUGUUCAAGAUGAUGUUGUAGGAUAUUGUUAGUGUGAACGUUUGACUAGUUUUAUGCUAAUGUCAUCUGAAUUUUGAUUUUGGCCUUUUA